AUGACCGACACGUUCUCGACGCCCAAGGCGUCGUUCCCCCCGAGCCCGGUGCCGGACCCGCCCUUCGGCACCACCUUUCUCGACCCCGCCGACGCACGCCCGACCAACCCGACACCGCGCGCCGCGGCCGGCUUCCCCGUCCCCAGCAUGUGGGGGGCACAGACGGCGUCCAGCUCGCGCGUGACCCUCCGCCUCGUGCCCCCGCCACCUCUUCCGCCCGCGUCCACCUCGUCGGCGUCUACCUCCGACUCGGAGCCGUCCCCUGCCACUCCCACCCAGCUGCCACAGCGCACAGCGUCACUACGCGGCAAGCCCCGCCCGCUCUCUGGCCACGGAUUGCCUCGCCAGCGCCCGACAUCUAUGCACUCUGAAUUCUCCGCCUCAGGUAGCACAAUCACCUGGGCGAGCAACCUCGCCGACAACUCGCAUCUCGACGCGGCCCUCCCCGAGUCCCCGGCGGUGCUCAACUCGCCGCUCGAUCUCGGCGGCCUCGUGCCGUCUCCCCUCGCCGUGCCAGGGCCCGACUCGCGGCCGGCGCCGGUGCGCAGGGCAAGCGACCCCGCAUGGCCGACAUACACGCCCCUCCCGCCGCCCCCGACCAUCGGCCACCAGAGCCGCAAGGCGGCGCUCGGCCGCAAGCUCGCACCCCAGGUGACCGAGAGCCUCGAGCACCUCACCGGCAGCCACCGCAACCUCGCAGGACUCCUUCCCGCCUCAGCAUCCCAGCUGCAUGUCGUCCCCGAGGACGUGCCCGACCGCCCGCUCAAGUCGCCCCUGAGGACAGACUUCCGCCCCGGCCCAAGAGUGCGCACCACGCCGCCACGCGCGGCGCGCUCGCAAAACUCGCUCGGCCUGCACCUCGAGUACAGCCCCGACCAGCUCAAGAACAUCCAGGCCAUGCGCCGCCAGUCGGCCUCGUCGCCCGAGAGCGUGUCGGAAACCCUCAGCCCGUACGCCGUCCGCGGCCACGCCAACAUCAUGUCGACGCCACACCUGCCCAACUCUGAGCGGUCCAACUCGCUCCGCCGCAUGUUCUCGGCGCGCGCAAUCAGCAUGAACCGCAAGAUGUCGUCAGGCUCCUCGAGCUCCAGCGGUGGCGAGUACAUCAUGACGCCGACCAGCGUGUCCCAGCGCUCCGUGUACAUGCAGGGCGUCACCUCCAACCCCAGCCUUGCGGCCAUCGACCUCGAGACGUACGCAAAGCCCAAUGUCGAGCAGCUCCUCCGCGCGUCCGAGCUCCCUAUCGUGGGCGAGGACGGCGCCGUUGUCCGCUUUGGCGAUGUCGUCGCCCGCCGCCGCACCGUUGUUGUGUUUGUCCGCCACUGGCAUUCGUCCUUCUGUGCCCAGUACGUCAAGGCGCUGGUGGCAGCCAUGUCGCCGACGCUUCUGGCUGGUGCCAAGGCCCGCCUCGUCAUCAUUGGCCACGGAUCCCAGUCCAUGAUCAAGGGUUACAAGGAGCAUUUCAACUGCCCGUUCGCAGUCUACACCGACCCGACGCGCCAGCUGCACGACGUGCUCGGCCUCCUCCCGCGCACGGUCACCACACGCGCCGGCAAGGGCGACUACCUCGUCCAGAACGCGGCCAAGCGGUGCUGGGACACGCUGAUGCGCGCGAGCCGCAUGCGCGGCGUCAACUCUGGCGACAAGCACCAGCUCGGCGCCGAGUUUGUGUUUGACGGCUCGCUCUGCCUCGCAUACUCGCACCGCAUGGUCGGGCAGAGCGACCACGCCUCGAUCCCCGAGCUCGUCGCGGCUGUGCGCUCCCAGGCGCCCAUCACCAUGGUGCACGGCAACGCGUCCCGGAGCAACAUCCAGCUGCCUCUGUCGUACGCGUCGACGGUCGAGUUUUCGUUCCCUGCCCCGCCCGCGCCGUCAAAGGCAGAGUUUGCGCGCUGGUCCCAGGUGCAGGAGCGCCGCCUCGCGCGCCGGCGUUCAAAGACGGCCGCCGCGCACUAG